AUGUCUCGCCAGACCGCCCUGGGGGUUACGCAACAGCAUCAGAGGCUGGCGGUGCUACUGCGCGAGAGCGUGAGGAGGCGUUUGCUACACCCGGGGGCUAACACGCACCAGAUCAUCGACGUUUACAUCGCCACCAUCAAGGUCCUUCGCAUCCUUGAUCCGAAGGAUGUCUUGCUGGAGACCGUGGCGGGGCCAGUGCGCCUCUACCUGCAGGGCCGAAAGGACACGGUUCGGUGCAUCGUGGCCUCUCUCACGGACGAGACCAGCGGGGAUCUAUACGAAGAGCUCCGGAGGCAGGACGCGCGACCUCUCGACCGAGACGAUGCGAGUGACGAGGAUGACGGGGGCCCCGUGGCUCCAAACUGGGAGCCGGCCUCCCGGGACGCGGACCCGACGAAGGGUAGCAGGGGGGGAGGAGACAUCCUGAGCAUGCUCGUGUCUAUCUACGGCAGCAAGGAGCUUUUCGUAACCGAGUACCGCCUGAUGCUGGCCGACAAGCUGGUCGGCAACCUGUCGUACGACACCGACAAGGAGGUUCAGAACCUCGAGCUGCUUAAGCUACGCUUCGGGGAGACCAGCAUGCGCCACUGCGAGAUCAUGGUGCGGGACGUUGAAGAAUCGAAGCGAGUUAACGCCAACGUGCAGGACCGACUCGCCCAACGGCAGACCGGCGAGGCUCAGAAGGAGGACGCCCGGUGUCUUGAUGCUGUCAUGGUUAGCCAGCACUUCUGGCCACACCUGCUUGGAGAGGACAUGCGGCUGCACCCAAGGAUGCAGGACAGGCUGGCGGCCUUCGGUAAGGCUUACUCCGUGAUCAAGAACCCUCGUCUCCUCGUGUGGAAGAAACAGUUGGGUAUGGUGGAGCUGAACCUCGAGUUUAACGGUGUCGAGAGAAGCUUCUCGGUCUCCCCGCUCCACGCCACGCUCAUCAUGCACUUCGAGGGCAAGGCGGAGACGUGGCGGCUGUCCGAUCUGGCUCGGGAGGUGGAGCUUCCCCCCUCCGUGGUGCAGAAGAGGAUGAUGCUAUGGGUCAACCAGGGGGUGGUUUCCGAGAGCAACCCCGGCCCGGUGUACCGCCUCGUCAAAGACCAGACUCAAAAUCGAUCGGGAGGGGAGGGUAUGGAGUCGAUGGUCCUCGAGGACAACACGGAAGCGGCGGUGUCGGCGGACGCGAACGAUGCCGAAUCGGACAAGAUCAUCGUGCAAUUCCUCACAGGGAUGCUGACGAACUUCUCCAAGCUACCGCUGGACCGGAUUCACAACAACCUCAAGAUGUUCAUGUCGGGGGGGGACAACAAGUACGACAAGUCGCUGCCCGAGCUGCAGCAGCUGCUGUGGCGCCUGUGCUCGGACGGGAAGCUGGAGCAGGCAGAUGGAGAGUACCGCCUAGUCAAGUAAUCUAGCGACGUCUAGAUUGUUGUAAAUCUAGUAGUCUGGAUUGUUUUGUCGAGUCUAGACGAUGUAGUCCAGCAGUCUAGACGAUGCGGUGAAGUCGUCUAGAUGAUGUUGUCAAGUAGUCUAGACGAUUUAGUCCAGUAGUCUAGGCAUGUGGUGAGUCUUCUGGAUGAUAUACUUCAAGUAGAUCUAGACAAGGGGUGUUCAUGCGAUAUGCAUGCAUGCAUGCACGGAAGCGACUACUCGUUUUGGUGAAGAGGAGCGUACUCUUAAUGUUUGGCUUGCCUCAUCGGAUAGACCAUUGAGCACGCGUGAGCCUUGUUUCCACACGAACGCCAGGAAAUUGGUUCUCCCUACUUUGCCAAAGGUGGCUCUCUAAAUGGUUUUACCUAGCCUAUCUAUCUUAUCAACACCUGGUAUCACUUUCCGCCUUUUUGGUUGGGGGGUGGUGGAACAAUAGAGAGCGUGGUUCGGAUUUGCCGACGAAAAGGUGCCCGCAGUU